AUGCUAUCACCAGGGGUGCUGCAGUGACAAUUCAGAAGGACUCAGUCUAUGCUCCCCAGUGGGAGCCACUGAUUGCCACCCGUUAGAAACGCUUAUGACUGAGGCCAUCCAGGCAACACAGGAGCUGGGUCCCCUAUUGCCUUUGAGUGUGUGCUUCCCUGCUUAGCGGUUAUACAACCUGCAUGGUGAACAGCUCGAGUGCCUUGUGGUCAGGAGCCCUGCUGGGAAAACACAACUUCUGAUUUAACCGCAACUACUGUUACAGCACAGUGUUUCUGCACGGGGCACCGUCAGAUCUCCACCCAGAAAAUGGGCACUUCCGGUGGACUGGGGAAGAGACCGGUCCAUCCGUGUCUGACUCAGUCAGACGCUAAAAUCUCAGGGUUUGGAACUUCAGUGUCUUAACUGAAAGGAUGGAUGGAGUGGGGACACAAACACAGGGAGUGAGCGCUGCUGUGCUGGGACCCACAUUUCCAGACCUGGCCAGAAACGUGAACCGGAACAUCAGCAGCCUUUCCGAAAUCUUCGUGGGCCGAGCCCUCGGCUACCUGGGCGGCUCUGUGGUUGGUGGGGUGCUUUUCGACUGCAUGAAUCAUUUUCUACUUUUGGGGCUGUCCCACCUGCUUACUGCGGCCGGUCUUUACCUCACUCCUUUCUGUAAAACAGCUGCCUUACUGACUGCCAUGAUGUCUAUUACCGGUGUCUCAUUUGGUGUUCUGGAUACAGGUGGGAACGUCCUCAUCUUGGACCUUUGGGGGGACAAAGGAGCCCCACAUAUGCAGGCCUUGCACUUCAGUUUCGCCUUGGGUGCCUUCCUGGCUCCCCUGCUGGCUAAAUUGGCCUGGGGUACCACAGCAUCUGCUCAGAACCACACAGAGCCUCAGUUAGACCGUUCAGCCUUGAACCGAUCCUUUGAAGCCGCCUCAGACUCUGUGUUGGCGGUACCUGACGACAUGAAUCUUCUGUGGGCGUACGCUUCCAUUGGAACCUAUGUUCUAGUACUUUCUGUCUUCCUGUUUGCUCCAUUCUUUAAAAAGAGGUCAAAGCAGAAAAAAUCCGCAGCGUCUGCUCAGGGAGCUCGAAGGGCUAAAUACCACAGGGCCCUGCUAUGCCUCCUCUUCCUCUUCUUCUUCUUCUACGUGGGAGCGGAGGUGACCUACGGCUCUUACGUAUUCUCCUUCGCCACCACCCACGUUGGCAUGGAAGAGAGCGAGGCAGCUGGCUUGAACUCCAUCUUCUGGGGGACCUUCGCAGCCUGCAGGGGCCUGGCCAUCUUCUUCGCAACGCUCUUACAGCCUGGGACCAUGAUGGUGUUGUGUAACAUUGGCAGCCUGGCCUCAUCUUUCUUUCUGGUGCUUUUUGACAAGAGCCCUCUUUGCCUCUGGAUCGCGUCUUCUGUGUAUGGAGCCUCAAUGGCUGCCACGUUUCCCAGCGGCAUCUCCUGGAUUGAGCAGUACACCACCUUAACUGGGAAAUCCGCUGCGUUCAUUCUGGUUGGUGCUGCCCUGGGACUAAUGGCGACUCCUGCAUUAUCUGGAAUUCUUCAGGGACACUAUCCCGAUCUGCCAGUAAUUCUGUACAUGUGUCUGGGCUCAGCAGUAUUAACAACUGUGUUAUUCCCUGUGAUGUAUAAAGUAGCCACCUUACCUCUGGAUCGAAAGCAGGAAAAAAGCAUCAACAGUGAGGGCCAGAAAAUAUUACUUUCUAGCUCUAGGCUAAUCAAGGAAGCUAAAUGAAAGAGGAAGGGGAAAGGUGUGAAAGCACGUGCGCGCGUGUGUGCGCAUGCACGCGCACGAGUAAUGGUUUUGCGGUGGUUAAAAUGAAGAAUGGGACAUUCUCUAAUAAAAAUACAAUAGAAAUGCCUUUAUAUAACCCAUAGCUGAGGUCUCUAAGCAACUCUCCUGAAAUAUUCUGCAGCCAGGGUCUUCUCCAGCUGACAGGGAGCACGCAGUCAUGAGGCACCAGGUCUCCUGAGACCCCUUACACUGCCCUCAUUGAAGUUAUCUCUCAGCCCAUGAUUCUAGGAAAGAAAAGUAUUUCUAAAAUAAAAUCCACGACUUCCAGAGAUCCUGUAAGACAGCUCUGAGAGAUCAAUGUAACUGCCAGCACCUUCUUCAUUUCCAUGAAGUGAGACACAGAACAGAAAUAGUUUUAAACGUAUGCUCCUGGGGCUGGUGAGAUGGCUUAGUGGUUAAGAGCACUGACUGCUCUUCCAAAGGUCCUGAGUUCAAAUCCCAGCAACCACAUGGUGGCUCACAACCAUCUGUAAUGAGAUCUGAUGCCUUCUUCUGGUGUGUCUGAAGACAGCGACAGUGUACUCAUAUACAUCAAAUAAAUAAUAUUUAAAAAAAGAAUAUGCUCCUAUGUGAACAUGGGCCUGUCUAAUAUAUUUAAUAACACACUUUAGUUCUAAUUUUCUGAGAUUAAAGCCAGAUUUCACCAAUCCUAACUAUAAAAUUGUGAUAUUCCUUACAAUAAAUGGUUGUUCAACAUUG